ACCCUAAACUGAAAAAUAUCUUCAAGCAGCUGUUGCCUCUCUGCCUUCACUCUUAAACCUAGCAGUCUCUCUUCUCAAAUUCGCCAUGGGUAAAAAAUCCGCCACCAAGGUUGAAGCAGCACCUGCUGCCAUUAAGGCCACCAAGCCUUUGAAGAAAGGUAAGAGAGAUCCUGAGGAUGAUUUGGACACCAAAGUGAACCUAAAGAAGCAGAAGAAAGAUGUGAUUGCUGCUGUUCAGAAGGAGAAAGCUGAGAAGAAGGUGCCUAAAAAAGUUGAGAGCUCUGAUUCAUCUGACUCUUCUGAUAUCGAGGAAGAAGUCAAGGAACCCGCACCUAAGAAGGCCGUUGCUUCUACUAACGGAACUGUUGCAAAGGAUGACUCAUCCUCUGAGGAAGAAUCUUCAGACGAGGAAGAAGUUGCAGCUACCAAGAAACCUGCUGCAGUUGCUAAAAAUGGCUCAGUGAAAGCUAAGGCAGAGUCCUCGUCUGAGGACGACUCUUCUGAUGAAUCAGAUGAUGAAUCUGAGGAAAGUGAAGAUGAAAAACCUGCAUCUAAAAAGGAUAGCAGUAGUGAUGAUUCUGAUUCUGAUGAAUCAGAGAGUGAAGAUGAGAAAGAAACCCCGAAGAAAAAGAACUCUGAUGCUGAAAUGGUGGAUGCUGAGCAGAAACAGCUUAAGACCCCAUCGACUCCUGCUACAGGAGGAUCGAAGACACUCUUUGUUGCCAAUCUAUCAUUCAAUGUUGAAAGAUCAGAUGUUGAGAAUUUCUUCAAAGAUGUUGGCGAUGUUGUUGAUGUCAGAUUUGCCAUGUCAAAAGACGAUGGCAGGUUCAGAGGCUUUGGCCAUGUUGAGUUUGCUACUGCUGAACAAGCACAGAAGGCACUGGAACUUCACGGCACAUCCAUGCUUGGUCGUGAUAUUCGUCUUGAUGUUGCUCAAGAGAGGGGAGAGAGACCCGCAUACACUCCACAGAGCGGUGCCGGUGGUAACUUCAGAAGCAGUGGUGGUGGAGGUCAAUCGAUUUUUGUUAAGGGAUUCGACUCUUCUCUUCCUGAAGAAGACAUCAAGAGCGCAUUGAGUGCGCAUUUUGCUUCAUGUGGAGACAUCACGAGGGUUUCUGUUCCCUGUGACCGUGAAACCGGAGCUUCCAAAGGAAUUGCUUACCUUGAUUUUAAAGACGGCACAGACAAGGCGUUUGAGCUUAAUGGUAGUGACAUGGGAGGAUGGAGUAUUGUUGUUGAUCAACCGAGGGAGAAGAGUAGUGGCGGAUUCGGUGGUGGCGGAAGGAGCGGUGGUGGUCGUUUUGGUAGUGGAAGGAGCGGUGGUGGUAGAGGAAGAGAUAGUGGCCGUGGUCGUUUUGGUGGUGGAAGGGGCGGUGGCAGAGGAAGAGAUGGUGGCCGUGGAUUCAACAGACCUAGUUUCUCAGGUAAGAAGACCACCUUUAACGACGAGUAGAAGCUUAUAUGUAGAAGAAAAUGCUCUUCUUAUGUUUUUAACUUAUGAUACUUCACUUCCUUUCUCUAUUGUUUCAGUUUUGUUUCUGUUCUAGUUAUGUUUUUGUCCGAACCUUCAAUUUUUGUUUGAGUGUUAAAUCAAGCUCAAUCUUGAGUUCUUUUGGUGUUA